GAAACGCGCAUGCUCACUGUCACUCGACUGUGAACAGGCGAGAGAGGUCUUUGUUAAAGCGAACGGGAUGGAUGGUUUUCGGCAAAGUUGUCGUAGCUUGUCAACAUCAGCUUUAUAAAAAUAGACGCAGCUGCAGAUGGAUUCCAGAAAGCUAAAGACCUACAACUGGCAGUUCAGCAAUGAAAUUUAAAGGGUUGUUAUGCUGCUGACUUCCCUCUGUAUACAAACAAAACCGAGCCUGUAGUUCUUAAGGUCGUUCUCGGAGACAUUUGUUAUGCAUUUCCUCACUAUUAUUGGCAAGAGGUAAGGAUGCUACUUAAUUCCAUGGGAAAAUACCGGACCUUAAGGGGGAAAUAACUAAUUUCCCCUUAAGCUAACUAGCUAACAUGAAAGAAUACGAUCGUUUUGGCACAGAAAUGCUGUCAAUAGCUAACGUCCGAAAGGGAAAACUUUCUUGCUGCCUGGAGUUAAAUAAAGGAGAGGAGUGGGUCACCCCUGAGAAGAUCCCGUCGUCCUGAUUUCAUACUUCAGUUAGGGAGGUGAAACCGAACAUCUGGAGCAAUGGAGACCGUUGGAAAAUUCGAGUUCAGCAGGAAAGACCUUGUUGGACACGGCGCUUUUGCAGUUGUGUUUAAAGGCAGACACCGAGAGAAACACGACUGGGAGGUUGCAGUAAAAUGCAUAAACAAGAAAAACCUGGCUAAAUCCCAGACGCUCUUGGGGAAAGAGAUUAAAAUAUUAAAGGAGCUGAAACACGAAAACAUCGUUGCCCUGCACGACUUCCAGGAAACGGCGAGCUCUGUGUACCUGGUCAUGGAGUACUGCAAUGGGGGAGACCUGGCAGACUGUCUUCACUCCAAGGGCACGCUGAGCGAGGACACCAUCCGCGUCUUUCUGCACCAGAUCGCCGGCGCCAUGCGGGUCCUGCAGGCCAAGGGGGUGAUCCACCGAGACCUCAAACCCCAGAACAUCCUGCUGUCCCACGCAGGGGGGCGCAAGGCCAGCCCCAGCAACACCUGCAUCAAGAUAGCUGACUUUGGGUUCGCGCGGUACCUACAGAGCAACAUGAUGGCUGCUACGCUGUGCGGCUCUCCUAUGUACAUGGCUCCUGAAGUCAUAAUGUCCCAGACCUACGAUGCCAAGGCGGACCUGUGGAGCAUAGGAACCAUUGUGUUCCAGUGUCUGACUGGGAAGGCCCCAUUUCAAGCCAGCAGCCCCCAGGACCUCCGGUUGUUCUAUGAGAAAAACAAGAACCUGAACCCGAACAUCCCUAGAGAGACCUCCAGCCACCUGAGGCAUCUUCUGCAGGGGCUUCUGCAGAGGAACCCAAGGGACCGCAUGGACUUCGAUGAGUUUUUUCAGCACCCCUUCCUCGAGCUGAAUUCACCCGUGAAGAAGUGUGAGUGUCAUAUAAUCUCCCCCCUCCUCCCCCCUCCGGCUUCCGUGUGCCUCUGCAGCAGCUCCUCCACGUCUCACCUGGCCUCCCCUCCGCUGUCGGUUGCCGAGUUACAGCAGCUCCGCCCCAAAGCCGCGCCCUCGCAGUCGCAGGAUUGCCCUGACUUCCUGCUGAAGGACUCCGCGGGCGGGAGCAGCAAGGACUCCUCCUGCGACACGGACGACUUCGUCAUAGUGCCCGCCCACCUCCCGGGUGAGCUCACCAGUGAGGUGCAUGAUGGGAAGAUUGUUCAGGACAGCUUGAUUUACUGUGGGAGCUCUCUGCUGGCCUCUGGUGGGCUGGGGAGUCAGCUGAAGACCCCCCCGCCUUCGUGGCCGUCUCCCUGGGUGCGGCCCAUGGAAUUCUCAGGCAGUAACCAUGGCAGCUAUGGUCAGUCAGCACCCAUUCCUGUCCCCACUCAAAUCCACAACUACCAGCGCAUGGAGCACAACCUGCAUUCCCCCAGGGGGGCGCCACCCGUCCGCAGGUGCAACACCGCGGGGGGCUCCCUGUGUUUCGGAAAGACCGGAGCUUCACCCCCCCAUCCGGGAGGCCAGGGGGGCGGUUCCCGCAGGCUGUCUGUCGGAGGCUCCAGGCCCCUCCCACCUUCCCCUCAGGCGCUGGCGGUCCGGGACACACAGCAGUCCCCCUCCAAGCAGGGCCUGGGCUCUCGGCUCCACAGCGCCCCCUGCCUGCUGGAGGCCAGCAGCAACUGCAGGCAGAAGAUACGCAAGCAGCACUCGGACCCCCUGGGGCAGGUCCGGCCCCUGCACCCCUCCCCCCGGCUGAAUGAGCUCAUGCACAGAAGCCCCCUCCCCACUAUUCUGGGGUCCCCCUCCAAGAUUAUGCCCCCCUUCGAGUUCCCCAAACCCCCCAGCUCCUCGAACCUGGUCACUUUGCUGGCGCACCAGGGACUGGUUCUGGCUCCAGCCUACGACAGGCCGGCCCCUGACCUCACUGGGCCUGCGCUGCCCCCUGGUGUUCAGCCUGGGUCUUGCUUCGGCCGAGCCGGGGAGGAGAGCAAAGGGCCGUUCGGCAGGUCUCUGAGUGCCGGCCGUCUCUCUGACCUGCUCCUGAAGGCUGCCUUCGGGCCGCCGCUGCUGGAGACGGACCGGAGCGAGAGCUCCACGCCCGAGGGGUCUGUGGAUGCCACAGCGCCCCCUGGUGGUGGUGGCAGUGAAGGCGGGAUGGUGCUCUGCUCAGGCAGUCCGGUGCACGCGGUCUUCACCGUAGGAUCUCCGCCUCAUGGAAGCACUCCGCCACAGACGGCACACGCCAGAAUGUUCUCUGGUGAGAGGCCAGGGGAGGGUCUCGGAGACUCGGCGUGGUGCGCUCAGUCCUCGCCUCGCCGCGGCUUCACGGACCCCGCGGCGGCCAGCCUGGAGGGAGCGGUCACCUUCGAGGCCCCCGAGCUUCCUGAGGAAACGCUGAUGGAGCAGGAGCAGUCAGAGACGCUGCGCAGUCUGCGCUUCACUCUGGCCUUCGCCCGCUGCGUGGCGGAGAUCGCCGGCGGCAAGGCCCACGAGGCGGAGGCCGGGCACCCCCCCGUCGCCCCCGCCCCCGCCCCCGUCCCGCGCCAGCCGCACAGCCUGGUGGCCGACCAGAUCAGCCUCCUCAGCCGCGACUGGAGCUAUGCAGAGCAGCUGGUUUUGUACAUGAAGACGGUGGAGCUGCUGUCGUCUGCGCUGCACACGGCCAUGACGCGCAUCAAACAGGGCACGCUCUACCCCUCCUCUACUGUCAAACAAGUGGUCAGGAGGCUGAAUGACCUGUACAAGUCCAGUGUGAAGUCGUGCCGUUGCCUGGGCGACCAGCUCCAGCCCUUUUUCCAGCACAAACAGCAGCUGAUGGACCGAAUCAACAGCAUCACUGCAGAGAAGCUUAUCUUCAGCCACACCAUACAGAUGGUCAGGUCGGCUGCGCUGGAUGAGAUGUUCCACCAGGGCGGCGCCUCGGUCCAGCAGUACCACAAAGCCCUACUCCUGAUGGACGGCCUGUCGCUGCUCAUCACGGACCAGGCCGACGCCCUCAGCAUCAGAAAGUGUAAGCAGUGUAUUGAGCGCCGCCUCUCGGCUCUUCAGUCCGGACCUUGGCCCUGAAGGCUGCGCUCGGCAUUCUGGGAUCACAGCCACCCUGUCAUGGCGGACCCCCCCUCCCCUCAUCCUUUCCUCCCUUGCUGCUGAAUAUGUAGGAAUUCUGCAAACCCUCUUCAGUCCCCGCCCCCUCCACCUUUGGAAGCCAUGUUGGUAGGGUCCGUUAUACAGUGUUGCUGCACUUUUGGGGUCGCACUUUCCGUCUUAGUGCAGAAGAUAAUUUCUCCACUUCGGCUCAGCUCCACAGCGAACACGUGUCUGCAAAGCACUCAAUCAUAGCACCAAAGUGUGUGUAACUCUGUGUGUGUGUGUGUGUGUGUGUGUGUGUGCCUGUGUGUGUUACUCCCAGAGGACAGGAUAGCGUCUGUAUGAUGGGGUUGUGGGGGUGGCUAGUGCACUGAGGUUCUGGUUAACACAGGAGAAUGUUGCUGGAGUCGUUUUCGGUCGCGGUCGACGGGCCCGUUCCAGCCCUCCAUAUUGAGACCCUGGCACUGUGCCUGAAGGAUCCCCGCUGGCCUCCCUCAUGUGUGAAGAGUCCUAGCGGUGAUUAGUAACGCUGCUGAACUUUCCCUCGCUCCUUUGAGUGCUGUUAUCCUGGAGCAGUUAUUACGCUCCAGAAUCAAAGAGGCAUGCCUUGCACUUUGGAGAGACAUUAACAGAUACCUAAAACAACUCACCUGAGGUAAGCCCCAGCCGCAAAACAAGCCCUAAAUUUGUUUUGGUUUCUAGAGAAACCAAUAAGCCCUUAUUGCAUGUUCACAUCAAGUCUUUUACCAGGUUUUUUUUUGGCCAUUCUACCUGUAACUUUGACUUCACAAUUCAGGGCAGUCAGAGAAAGAGGUCAUCGAUGCAAAAGCUGUCGCCUGGUUUUCCUCGUUCCAGCGUUCGGCCGGUUCGAACGAAGGAGCGCUUCUGGCCGCUUCACGGCCGGUUUAGCUGAUGGAGUGGAGCAGGUCGACCACAAACCUGAAUCACAAACCUGAACCACAAACGUGAAUCACAAACCUGAAUCACAAACCUGAACCACAAACCUGAACCACAAACCUGAACCACAAACCUGAAUCACAAACCUGAAUCACAAACCUGAACCACAAACCUGAAUCACAAACCUGAAUCGUUGCCAUCGCUCGACGCUGACCCGGGGUGAACCGACAAUCCGGCGUGUCUUUUGGGUCAGGACGGCCGCGUACCCCACCUCGCUGCAAUCAUUGCGUGCUGGGGAACAGCAAAGCUUGUGACGGGGAGGGGUUUGGAAUCCCGCUGUGACCCCGCCCCCAAUCCACACCCCCUUGGCGUCACUCCUCUGUGUCCCCGUUAAAUGUCAUUACAGGAAGUAAACGAAGGAAGAGAGCGUUCCGGUUCAUUCCGUCUUCCUUGGGGGACACAGGAAGUGCCGUUGGCUUCUCACUCGGGCUCAGGCUGUGGCGUUUUCUACCCAAUAAAAGCAGCCUCCUUUCUCCCCCGCCCUCUAUGCACGUUAGAGACCCCCGUCCCUUGCAGAACUCCCGCUUGUCAGACGUAGCGUUGCGCCUGGAUCUGCUGAGUGUUUAUUGCGCCGCAGUCUGACCCAUCAGUACUGCUGGUGAGCAUUGGCCCAACGCAGAGGAACCAGUGGGCCCACACACACAGAUACGUUGUUCCCACGUGUUCCUUUUUCAGUGUGUGUGGAGAUUUCACAGAUAGAUAUAAGUGUAAUAGAGUAGAGUAAUUCUUACUAGUUUUAGCGUGGCUCCUGCUGAGUGUGUUUUUGUUUUGUUUUUUUGGCUGGUUCCUCAUGUGGUAUGUGCAUUUAAACUGACAAAAAAGUGUUGAAGCUAUACAAAAGAUGAGAAAAAUGUGCCUUUGAGAUAAAAAAAAUAAAAAAAACAAAAUACAUGCACAGUACUGCAAAUAGCAUUGUACUGUGGUUCAUGUCCAUUUUUGCUGUUUAUUAAGUAGCCAAAAUGGGAUGGAAAAUCAUUGUGUUUUUGUUUGGCUUCUUUUUUAAAUGACAAGCGGUGGAGUGUGUGGUUGUGCAGAUGUGCUUUUGAGUGUGUGGUUUGAGUUAGGUAAUGGUAAUGUUUGUGGAGGAAUGGCUGGGGGGGAAGAGGAAAAUUGAGGAAAGAGGAAGACUGAGGAUGAGAGCUUGAAAUUCUAAAAGCUCAUCCCUCUUCUAAGCAUGUAAGCGCAAUAAUGACUUCUACACACACACAGGAAUGCAAAAAACAUUUUACUGUUGACCAGAACAAUAUAAAUGUACAUAAUACUCCAAAGGUUUGCCACUUUCGCUCUACCCAUAUCUCUGUAUGACACUUUCUCUCACUCUAGAUUUUAGAGUGAGAAAGUUUCAUAUAUAUUUUACAUUAAUGUUCCUCUAUCACUUGUAAAUAAGGAUUGUAAAUUUAUAUUUAUUAUUUCAUUCAUGGAAUGCAUGAAGUAGCUUGUCCCUUUUCUUACUCUUGUUGCUAUGCAGUUUUGUUGCUACGCAGUUGUAAUAUAUUACUAAUUGUGUAUAAACACAAAAACUCACGUAUGUUACUUUCCAAAGUAUGUAAUGUACCGUUAUUUGCUUUGAAAGAUGCAAAACAAAUAAAGAUCUGCGAGUUGA